AUGCACCUCACGCAGCUGAACGGGGAGUGCCUGCUCCACCUUUUCUCUUUCCUGGACAAAGACAGCCGGAAAAACCUGGGCCGGACCUGCCGCCGCCUGCUGGAUGUCUUCUGGGAGCCCUCCCUCUGGACUCUGCUGCACUUCCACUCUCCCUCGGAACUUACCAAGGGGAACUUCGUGCUAGGAGCAGCCCUGCGCCACCUCUCCAUCCGCUGGCUCUCCAGCCGGGUCAAAGUCUGCAAUGUCGAGGACUGGCUGAAGAGCGCCAUCCAGAGGGACAUCUGCAGCAUCCAUGAACACACGGUCAAUGACUUUUUGCUCCAAGUUUGCAAGAGGUGCCCAAAUCUUCUGUCCCUGAACCUUUCGGGGUGCGGCCACGUCACCGACGAAACUGUUGCACUGGUGCUCCGGAGCUGCUCCUUCCUCAAGACUCUCCAACUGGAAAACUGUGUCCGGAUCAGCAACCGGACUCUGGAAGCUGCGAUCCUCUACGCUGACUCUUUACAAAUGCUGCAGGUGGAUUUCUGCAGGAACGUCACUCAGGCUGGCUUGCAGAGAUUCCGGAAAAAGCGUCCUUCAGUAACUCUGACAGCGGAGAGGAGCGCAAGCAUGAUCCCAGACCAAAAACCGGGCAACAACUGGAUGUCAGAAAGAGCAACAAAAAAACUGCUGUGGUACUAG